CAUCCCCCCCAAAUCUUGCUGGACUCAAAUCUAGCCGGCUCUGUCAGAAAGACACCCUUGAUGCCUUCUCUACCAUCUCCUCUGUGUGUUGAAGGGGAAAGAGCCACCAUGAAGCCAGCUCAGGGCAAGGUGUCCUUUGAAGAGGUGGCUGUAUAUUUCACCCAGGGGGAAUGGAGCCUGCUGCACCCAGCCCAAAGAGCUCUAUACAGGGACGUUAUGCUGGAGAAUUUUGGAAAUGUGGCCUCUCUGGGACCUGUGAUUAGUAAGCCUGAGCUCGUAUCUUGGCUGGAAGAAGAAGAAAAGCUAUUUCUCCAAGACUGUAACAAAGAGGAAGGAUUGUCCAGAAGUUGCCCAGGACUUCUGAUGGCCAAACCUGAGUUCAUAUCAUGGCUGAGAGAAGAUGAAGAGCUCUUCGUCCAAGGCUCUGAUGGGAUGGAAAGAUUAGCAGCAGGAGGUGUGUGGGAGUCAGCAAAUGAAAAGAAAGAUCAUCCACUGAUGGAGAAAGAAUAUAUAUAUCCAGAUUUGAAAGAGAGGAUUGAAUAUUGUGGUGUUGUGAAGAAGGAGGAGACAAAACAUCCAUGUAAUAGGAGCAGUAGUUCUGGUCUUUUAAAGUAUGGUCAUUCUCAUAAAAUUCCAUUAAUUCCCAAAGACGGCAGGAAUGAGUACCCAGCAAGUGAGGAAAUUUAUCCUGAAAAAUCAGACAUUGGUAUACAUGGGGACUCCCAUAACAGAAAGAAAAUGUAUAAAUGCCUGCAGUGUGGAAAAAUCUUUGGGCAGGAAGCGAAAUUAACGUCCCAUCAAAGAACUCACACAGGGGAGAAAAAAUAUAAAUGCUUGGAGUGUGGGAAAAGUUUCAACCAGAGUGGAAAUCUUACUACCCAUCUAAGAAUUCACACAGGGGAGAAAAAAUAUAAAUGCCUGGAAUGUGGAAAGAGCUUUAGUCGUAGUUCAUAUCUUAAUUCCCAUCAAAUAAUUCACACAGGGGAGAAACCAUAUAAAUGCCUGGUGUGUGGGAAAAGAUUUAGUCAGAGUGGAAGCCUUACUUCUCACCAACGCAUUCACACAGGGGAGAAACCAUACAAAUGCCUAGAGUGUGGGAAAAGCUUCAGUCAGAGUUCACACCUUACUUCCCAUAUAAAAGUUCACACAAAGGAGAAGCCAUAUCAAUGUCUGGAGUGUGGGAAAUGCUUUGUUCAGAGUGGAAGCCUCACUUCCCACCAAAGAAUUCACACGGGGGAGAGAAAUUAUAAAUGCCUGGAGUGUGGGAAAAGCUUCAGUUACAGUGGACACCUUACUGCCCAUAAAAGAAUCCAUACAGGGGAGAAGCCCUAUAAAUGCCUGGAGUGUGGGAAAAGCUUCAAUCAGAGUUCACAUCUUACUUCCCAUAAAAGGAUUCACACAGGGGAGAAAGAAUAUAAAUGCCUGGAGUGUGGGAAAAUCUUUGGGCGGAAGGAUAAGUUAAUUUGCCAUCAAAGAAUUCACACUGGGGAGAAACCCUAUACAUGCCAGGAGUGUGGGAAAAGCUUCAGUGGGAGUGGAAACCUUACUUCUCAUCAAAGAAUUCAUACAGGGGAGAAACCCUAUAAAUGCUUGGAGUGUGGAAAAACCUUCAGUGAGAGUGGAAACCUUACUUCCCAUCAAAAAAUUCACACAGGAGAGAGACCAAAUAAAUGCCUGGAAUGUGGGAAAACCUUCAUUCACAAAGCACACCUCACUUCCCAUCAAAGAAUUCACACAGGGGAGAAACCAUACAAAUGCCUGGAAUGUGGGAAAAGAUUCAGUGAGAGUGGAAGUCUUAUGUGCCAUCACAGAAUCCACACAGGGGAAAAGCCAUAUAAAUGCCUGGAGUGUGGGAAAAGCUUUGGACGGAAAGGUGGACUAACUUGCCAUCAAAGAAUUCACACAGGGGAGAAACCAUAUAAAUGCCUGGAGUGUGGACAAAGCUUCAGUCAGAGUGGAAGCCUUACUAUCCAUCAAAGAAUUCACACUGGGGAGAAGCCAUAUAAAUGCAUCGAGUGUGGACAAAGCUUCAGUCACAAUGCAAGCCUUACAUUCCAUGAAAGAAUGCACAGAGGAGAAAAGCCAUAUAAAUGUCUGGAGUGUGGAAUAAGCUUCAGUCAGAGUGGAGCUCUUACUGUCCAUCAAAGAAUUCACACAGGGGAGAAACCAUAUAAAUGCUUACAGUGUGGGAAAAGCUUCAGUAACAGUGGGAAACUUAGCAUCCACCAAACCACUCACACUGGGGAGAAGAAAUACAAAUGCCUGGAGUGCAGAAAAAGCUUCAGCUGCAGUUGGAGCCUUACUGUCCAUCAAAGAAUUCACACAGGAGAGAAACCAUAUCAGUGCUUGGAGUGUGGAAGAAGCUUUAGCCAGAGUGGCAAAUUUAUUGUCCAUCAAAGAAUGCACACAGGAGAGAAACCAUUUAAAUGUUUGGAGUGUGGUAAAAGCUUCUCCCAGAGUGGAAACCUUACUGCCCAUCAAAGAAUUCACACAGGUGAGAAACCAUACAAAUGUCUGGAAUGUGGGAAAAGCUUCAGUGCGAGUGGAAGCCUUACUUUCCAUCAAAGAAUUCACACAGGAGAAAAACCAUACAAAUGUCUGGAGUGUGGGAAAAGUUUCAAUGAGAGUGGAAAGCUUACUUCCCAUCAAAGAAUUCAUACAGGUGAGAAACCAUAUAAAUGCCUGGAAUGUGGGAAAAGCUUCCGUAACAUUGGAAGCUUUACUGUCCAUCAAAGAAUUCACACAAGGGUUAAACCCUAUAUGUGUCUGGAGUGUGGGAAAAGCUUCAGUCAGAGUGGACACCUUACUGUCCAUCAAAGAAUUCAUACAGGAGAGAAAACAUAUAAAUGCCUGGAAUGCGGGAAAAGCUUUCGUGAGAAUGGAAGUCUUAUUCGCCAUCGUAGAAUUCACACUGGGGAGAAACCAUAUAAAUGUCUGGAAUGUGGGAAAGGCUUCAGUCGGAAUACCCUAAAUUCCUAUCAAAGAAUUCACACAGGGGAGAAGAAACAUAAAUGUCUGGAGUGCGGGAAAAGCUUCAGCCAGAGUGGAAGCCUUACUUACCACCAAAGAAUUCACACAGGGGAGAAACCAUACAAAUGCCUGGAGUGUGGAAAAAUUUUCCGUCAGAUUGGAAUCCUAACAUCUCAUCAAAGAAUUCAUACAGGGGAGAAACCAUACAAAUGCCUGGAGUGUGGGAAAAUCUUCCGUCAGAUUGGAAACCUUACUUCCCAUCAGAGAAUUCACACAGGAGAGAAACCAUAUAAAUGUCUGGAGUGUGGGAAAAGCUUCAGUCAGAGUGGAAACCUUACUUCCCAUCAAAAAAUUCACACAGGGGAGAAAAAAUAUAAAUGCUUAGAGUGUGGAAAAUGCUUCAGUCACAGCUCAAACCUAACUUUACAUCUAAGAAUUCACACAGGAGAGAAACCAUAUAAGUGCCUAGAAUGUGGAAAAAACUUCAGUUGCAGUGGAAGACUUACUUACCAUCAAAGAAUUCACACAGGAGAGAAGAAAUAUAAAUGUCCUGAAUGUGGAAAAAACUUCAGUAGGAAUGGAAACCUCAUUUCCCAUCAAAGAAUUCACACAGGGGAGAAACCAUAUGAAUGCCUAGAGUGCAGGAAAACCUUCAGACACUGUGGAAAUCUUACUGUCCAUCAAAGAACUCACACAGGGGAAAAACCAUAUAAAUGUCUGGAGUGUGGAAAAAGCUUCCGUCAGAGUGGAAAACUUACUUCCCAUCAAAAAAUUCACAGAGGAGAGAAACCAUAAAAAUGCCAGAUGUGAGGAAAGACGUU